UUUUAUUCGCUGCUAUAUUAUCACUAUAAAGUUUAAAAAAACAAUUUUUAUUUCGUAAAGAAAAAGAGUUAAAUCCCAAAAAUGGUUAAAAAGAAGAUUGACAAUCGCAUACGCGUUAUGAUUGAAAAUGGUGUCAAGUUGGGGCACCGUACUAUGUUCAUAAUAAUCGGUGACAAAGGCCGGGAUCAGGUGCCCAUACUCUACGAUAUUUUGACGAAAUCGACAGUAAAGGCACGUCCUACUGUGUUGUGGUGUUACAAAAACAAAGAUGAUGCUAUAUCCAAUCACGGCCGUAAGCGCGCUAAAAAAAUUGCUGCUGGUAAAAUUGAUGUCAACGAUGCUGAUAUGUUCGAUACGUUUCGAGUAUCCACAACUAUUCACGGUCGUUACUACUCAGAAACGCAUGCUGUUUUGGGUCGAACUUAUGGUGUAUGCGUUCUGCAGGAUUUCGAAGCUCUUACACCAAAUUUACUAGCGCGAACGGUGGAGACGGUUGAAGGUGGCGGUUUGAUAAUUUUAUUGCUGAAGACACUACAAUCGUUAAAACAGUUGUACACUAUGAGUAUGGAUGUACACAAACGUUUUCGAACUGAGGCACAUCAAACGGUCACUUGUCGUUUUAAUGAGCGUUUAAUACUCUCACUGGCGGAUUGCAAACGCUGUCUUGUAGUCAACGAUGACCUUACAGUGCUACCCCUGAGUUCUAAAACUAUUAACGUGGAACCAGUCAAUCCCGCCGAUGUUGGGAAAUCCGAGAACUCGGAGAUGUUGCAAGAGUUAAAGGAAAGUUUACGUGAUACACCACCAGCUGGACCACUGGUGAAUCAGUGUCGUACAUACGACCAAGCACGCGCUGUUGCGCAGUUUAUUGAAGCGUUAGCAGAAAAGCAAUUGAAGCCACCCACAACAUUAACGGCAGCACGUGGUCGUGGUAAAUCAGCCGCGAUGGGUCUAUCUAUUGCCGCUGCAGUAGCAUUUGGUUAUGUUAACGUAUAUGUGACUUCUCCACAUCCGGAAAAUUUAAUCACACUCUUUGAAUUUGUACUCAAAGGUUUUGAUGCGCUGGAAUAUCAGGAACAUGCUGAUUACACUAUUAUACGUUCCACCAAUCCAGAUUACAAAAAAGCUAUCAUUCGCAUUAACAUAACACGUUCCAAUCGUCAGACCAUACAAUAUAUUGCGCCUACGGAUACACACUUGUUGAAUGCUGCUGAUCUGUUAGUAAUUGAUGAAGCUGCCGCUAUACCCUUACCGUUAGUCAAGAAAAUGAUGGGUCCAUAUUUAAUAUUCAUGGCAUCUACCAUAAAUGGUUAUGAAGGCACAGGACGGUCACUGAGUUUAAAGCUGAUGUCACAACUACAAAAGGAUAAUAAUGCACCACCACCAAUAAAACUCGAAGAGUCCAUACGUUAUAGCGAAGGUGACGAUAUUGAGGCAUGGUUAAUCAACUUGUUGUGCCUAGAUGCCACUACUGUACCGAAUAUUAGUUCCGGUUGCCCAACACCAGAUUCUUGCGAUCUCUACUAUAUCGAUCGUGAUGCUUUGUUUUCAUACCACAAAGCGGCAGAAUCUUUUCUCCAUCGUUUAGUUUCUAUAUACGUAGCUUCUCAUUAUAAAAACAGUCCUAAUGAUUUGCAAAUGAUGAGCGAUGCUCCAGCGCAUCACAUAUUCUGCCUACUUGGGCCAAUACAGCGUAAAGAUCAAUUACCGGAGAUAUUAGUUGUUGUACAAGUAGCAUUAGAAGGUCAAAUUUCUUCACAAACAGUAAGUGAUUCAUUAGGACGGGGUAGAAAGGCAAGUGGUGAUCUCAUCCCAUGGAAUAUUUCUGAACAAUUUGGUGAUCGGGAAUUCCCCAAUUUGUCUGGCGUACGUGUGGUUAGAAUUGCAACUCAUCCAAAUUAUCAACGGAUGGGUUAUGGUAAACGUGCAAUAAAAUUGUUGCGUGACUAUUAUCAAGGCAAAUUUACAGACUUGAGUGAAAAUCCACAGGAUGACGAAAAUGGCAUAGAAGAAGUUGAAGAAGAACAAUUGGGUAUACUCAAAGAACAAAUUCGGCCUCGUCGUAAAAUACCUACAUUACUGAAACGCUUGAAUGAACGCAUACCAGAACACAUCGACUAUUUGGGGACAUCUUAUGGUUUAACACAAGAGUUACUCAAAUUUUGGAAAAAUUUAGGAUUUGUGCCUGUUUAUGUUAGUCAAAAGGCGAAUGACCUUACCGGCGAACAUUCAUGUAUUAUGUUACAUACCCUAGAUAAGGCAAGCGCAACACCAGAGAAAAAAUGCGCCGAGUGGCUGAGUUUAUAUUUCAAUGAUUUCAGAAGACGAAUCAUUAAACUGCUGAGUAAAACUUUCCGUGAAUUCACUACUAGUUUGGCAUUAUCCAUUAUCGAUAAUAAAUGGACAAAGAUUGAACAGAAAGCUCUUGACAAACAUACGCUUGAUGUUUACUUUUUACCGCACGAUAUUGAGCGCUUGGAAUCGUAUUCUCGUAACCAAAUCGAGUAUCGUUUGAUAUUAGAUUUGAUAAACGAUAUAAGUUAUUUAUAUUUUCAAGGUAAAAUGCCUGAACUGCAAAUAGAUACUUUGCAAAAGGCUAUUUUACUCGCUAUUGGCGUGCAAGGAAAAACGGUUGAUGGUAUCGCUGCAGAACUGAACAUGCCUGGAAAUCAGGUUUUAGCUAAAUUUUAUGAUAUGGUUAAGAAGUCCUCCAAAUAUAUGCUUGCCGUUAUCGAGGGACACAUUGAGAGCAAAAUGAAGAGUGAAACACAGCUCAAUCGUGGCGAGGACUUUGUGCCAGUAUCACUUUCACUUAAUGAUGAAUUAGAAGAGACUGCGCAGCAAUUAUCUAAGAAACAGAAAGAAGAGCUGAAAAAACUGAAAAUGGAAAGUUUAAAAGAAUAUGCAAUUAAGGGCACCGAUGAAGAUUGGUCAAAGGCUUUGACAAAUUCGGAUGAUAAAACCAAGCUAGUAUCCGUCAAAAGCGGUGUCAAACGCCUUGAUGAUACAAUAGAUGUGAGCAAUCCCAAAGAGAUGCCCGAAAAGAAGAAAGUAAAGCUUAGCAAAAAGACAAAAGCUUCUAUGAAGUCUCUCAUUUAAUUUCAAGACGAAAAAGUAGUAUUGAUUUUUACUGACAAAAAUAAAAGUUAUAUACCUUAA